AUGGUAUGGAGCUCAGCUGAAAUGGGCGUCGCCCUCAUGGUCUCCUCGUCACCGAUUCUCCGGCCAGUAUUCGAUCGCAUCUUUGGCCGCUUCAUCAGUACCCUUCGAUCAAGUGCAGACCGAACCGAUCCUCACGCGAAAUACUACAAAAGUGGCAAGUCUGGGGCGACCGGACCGCGUACAUUUAUCUCAGCCUCGAAACCUCACUCUCGAGGGGCUGAUGGUUUCAUGGUCAUGACAGACUCGGAGGAGAACCUUGAGAUGGACGAUAUGCAUAGAGAAACAGGCACAAAGGCGCUUGGGGGAAGGAAAGCGAGUCAUAGGCGUUCCGAGUUUGGCGAAGCGCAGGGUGAUCGUGUUUUGAGAGAUGACGGGUCGACAGAUAAAAUAUUUGUCCGCACAGAAAUUGUGCAGAAGACGGAUUGAGAGGACUUCACGAUAUCAAGGUCUUGGAUUCAGU